AUGUCCAAGAGCCUCCGGCUGAGCUUCAAGGGCGACAAGCCCGAGAAAAAAAAGAAGCACAAGAGCAGCAGCGCUGGCGGCAGCAGCAGCAGCAGCAAAAAGAAGCGAAGGGCCGAAGACUAUGUCUCUGAUGUCGAAGAGUACGGCGGGGACGAGCAGGCAUGGGUCCCCGCGGUGCGGAUCGACGAUGUGGCGGGACCCUCGUUCCUCUACCAGCAGGGCCCGGCGUCCUCUCACCCCUUCUGCAUCUCGUUCAACACGACGCUCAACGCCCUGGAAGCUGCAGCCUUAGUGCCGCCGGAUGCGCACCAAUUGGCAUCGUCCUCGGCGGCCAAGGACGCGGUGGCGCUCGAGGAGGUCGAGGGAGCCCAGAUCGUAUCCAUCACGACCGAGGUGACGCCGCAGAGCGUGCAUCAGGUCUGGGUGGCCAACCGGAUAGAAGGAACCUCGAGCUGGACGCUUAGAGGCGCAGAGGGCAAGUACCUCGGCUGCGACAGGUUCGGCGUCGUCAAAGCGUCGGCCGAGGCACGAGGGCCGCAGGAGGAGUGGGAGCUCGUCGCCGCGCCGCCCGCAGCAGCCGCCGGUGGUGGAGGUGCGGGCAGCCAGGAGCCCGCCAGGCUGGCGCUCCGGUCGGCCCAUGGCGGCUACCUCACGCUGGACGAAGUUGCGGGCGGCAAGAAGGUGAUCCGCGCCGACGCCGACUCGAUCGGCGAGUCGGAGAUGUGGCAGGUGAUGCUGCAGUGGUCGCACCGGCACAAGGCCCGAUACGGCGACCAGCUGGCCAAGAAGCUCAAGGGCCAGGAAGACAUUGCCACGAGCAAGGCCGACGCGCUGGACAAGGAGGUCAAGCUCUUCAAGUCGAGGGCGGGCACGGGCUACAUGCCGGCCGAGUUUAGCAGCAUGAGCGCCGAGGACCGCAAGGCGCUGCGCAAGGCCCAAAAGGAAGGUCGACUGGCCGAAGAGAUGCUGGAUCGAAGGACAAAGUACAAGAGCGACAAGUACGCCAAGUAG